UUUGUUCCUGGUCUUGGGUCACUGUAAGAAUGAGAUGAUAAUAUAAAUUAAAAAAAAAUAGAAACACUUUAUAUAUUUUAAUAUAUAAAAUAAAUGAAAUCUACAAAACAAAAAAGAAAUAAUGCAUUUAUGGCAUUGAAUAACCAAUAUAUCUAAUUUGCUGACCCCACCAAGAACUAGAAAAUGUUUGUUUGCUGUGUUGCGGGUUCUUUUUGAAACCAAUGAACCAUAACUGAAUGGAACAGUAAUAUUAAAUAGCAAGGUAUAUGGUUGCACUUAUUGAGAAGCUGCGCUUGUACUCACCUGGCUGUGUUAGAGAUAGGGUUACAACUGAUGUAACCAAAUGCACACACUAUGAAACAGAGUACCUGUAUCAUGUGUAGACUAAAGUGUUUAGAACUGUACAAUUUAAUACCUACCUAGGUAUAAAUUUCCAGAGCAUCUACUAUAACUCUAGCAGUGGUCUAGAAAAUGUAACCAUUCACCUACAAUUGGUAUUAGGAAGUACUUAUACUGUAGCUUUUUCAGAUUUUGUCCACUUAUUGCAGCAAUUCAGUUCAAGUCAACAUUUUUAAUGACUGAAGUAAGUUUGCUUUUAUUUCUGCUGAAGUUUAUGUUGCUUUCAUAUAUGGUCGGAGAAUUAGCUCUACAAUAUCAUUCCUCACUUUGUGAGGCUAAGAAGAUUGCUGGGUAGUGUACUGAAAGAAUCUACAGUACUUUAUGUGACAAAGUACAAGAGAACAGGAAUGAAUUAAAAGAAAGAGGCUUUGUUGGGAUCCUCCGUGAGUACAGUUGUGUGAGAAAUGCAUUAUGCUCUGUGAAGUGAAGGAUGAGAAAUGAAAUUGUAUUGCACAGUAAAUUUCAUUUUGUCUAAAGAAAAGUUAUCUGUUUAAUUCCCCAUAUUUGUCUUUUGUGUCUAGCAGAUAGAUGAUAUGUGUGCUCCUAAAGGUUCAAAAUAUCUCUGGAAACCUUCCUUAAAGCAGCAGUAACAGUCUCUUGUGUGAAGGGAGCAGAAGACAUACAUUUUGGGUCGUAUUAUUUUGGUGUACAAGAUUAUUCUGCUAUUUGUAGAGGCAUGUGGAAGAGUGCUUUCCUAGUAGAGUAUCACAAUAGCAGUAAUGGUUAGGGUCUCUUAUUAAGAUUAGGUCCCCAUUGUGCUGAGUUCCAUAUGCACAUAUAAUGAAAAGAUGGUCCUUGGCCAAAAGAGUUAAUAGACAAAGGUCUUGGAAAUUUUACCAUUGAAGUAAAAGUACGCCAACACUGAGUACCUUUAAAAGUCCUACCUAUAGUCAGGCUUGGCCUCAGAAUUGGAGGGGCCAAGCCGCUAGAGGAAGAGGGAAGGAUCACUGGAUGAGUCCCGGUCCCACUGAGAGAGGGGAGAGAAAGAGUCAUCUUAUGAUUUGAGAACUCAGUAGAGGAGUUGGCAUGUGCCCAGAAUCCUUUCAAAAUAAAUGAUUGAGAAUUAUAAGCCUCACACAUUUAGAACACUUAUGUGAGGCUAUAAAGGUGGGGGAUGGCUCCUAACUUCCUCUCCCUUUCCAGCACCUGAAUUCUGUAUUACUCAAUAUCUCUGUACCUCUUAGCACAACACACUCAAAUAAUACUGAUAAAAUAAUACCUAUAAAAGUGAAAGCAACCAUGUAAGUUCUCAUAUCAUGUGUUCAGUGUCCAAUUAAAGGAAUUUUUGAAUUCCAGCUCAUUAGAAAAGCUAUUUUUCUUAAGGUGACCAAUAGCAAACCGCACUGCACUCAGAUUGCUCCGAGUUGUUCUGGCUGCACUGGCCAGCAAGGUGUAAUUCCAGUAUCUGAAGAUUGCUGUUUCUUCUCUCAACGCUGCUAUAUGAGUAGGUGGCUGGUUAAGAUGUCUUUACUGCUGUGGUGAGGACAGAAUCUAACCCUGUGUAGAAAAAUCCAGCGUCACGUUAUGCUGAUCUUGGCCCUCGUUAUGCAUAAAAUAGGUGUUUUUACUGUUCUUGGCUCCAUUACUAACUUCAUUCAUUUUUAUUUAGUUUGUAAACACUGCAGUUUACAAACUAGUAAAGACAAAUAACCUGGUACUAUAGACUGUGGGCAACAUCCUUUCCCCAGUAAUUUGAUAUUUGUGUAACUCUGUUGACUUGAAUAAAGUUGAUCCUGAUUUAUACUAGUGUAACCGAGAGGAAAAUCAGGCCCUUUGUGUACGUCUCCCACCGAAGAAGACUAUGGAAGUUUGUGUGGAGAAGGACUGCAGGAUCAGAUCUAAGAUAUAUGCUUAUGCUUUUACUUAAUAUAUUGUAAGAUAUAUUUAAAUGUGAGCUAGUUUUCUCAUGUAUUACAGAACUUGAUAUGUACAAUAGUAAAAGCUCUACAUGAAAGCUGAGGACCAAUGAAAUGUAAAUGGAGUAUAAUCAAGACAUACAGAUUAGUACAAGUAAAAGCAGACAACCUGACCAUCUGAAAAAACAAGGGAAUAACAUAUUAUUAGAUAACUUUGACUAUCCUGAGGACGCAACUGAUGAGGAGCAAGAAGACUUACCUUAUGAUGGAGACUUAGAAAGAACUUAUCACCACAAUAAUGAAUCAAAUAAUUUGAAAGCCUGUGUUUCUGUAGAAAACAUUUCUAAUAAUUUCUUAAAUUUGACCUGUUCUGAAAUUAACAGAAGUUUAAAAGAAGAAAUAAAUUAUGAAACACAACAGCUAUCUCAAGAAAAGGUCUUCAGCCACCGUAUGCCCGCCACAAGAACAAAUAUAAUGACUGAAAUGGCAAUAGAAGCUCCUGUGAGUGGCAUGCCUUUGGAGACAGAAUUAUCAGUUGGAGCUUUUAGCAGCCUAGAUAGGAAGGAACAUUUCACCAACUCAAACAUUUCUGAUGUUCUUUUGCGUCAUUUCUCCAAAGAAGAGUUAUCAAACACAGGCCAAUUAAUUGAUUGUGAAACUAUUCCAGAAACAUCCUUUACUGAAAGUGUUGAUGAAACUGUCCUCGCUAAAACUAGGAUUUCAGAAUGCACCAAGCCCACUUUACUAACAGAACAAUGGGCAAAGCAUUUUGAAGACUAUCAUUUAAACAGACAAGAAGAAAAAUCUGAAGAUGAUUACGAAGAUAAACAUUUGAUAGAUGAAAAUAAAUUUGUUAUAGAUGACAGAACUACUUCUUAUGGUGAUGAGAAAAACUGCAUACAAGAAAAUUCACAGUUGAUAGCUGAAAAAGAAGAUACAAAUAAUUUUCAAAACAUAAGAAAUAAUCACAGUCACCAAAAAGGUUUGUUUGAAAGAACAGGUUCAUCUCAUGAACUCAAAUAUGGUCAAGGCCAAGUUAAUUAUUGUCUUCCUGACUUCUCUAAAGUUCCUCCAAAAGUCAAAAUACCAAAAAGAAAUAACAGUGAUAAAUCAGCUCCCAUAAUGAAAAGAACCAAAUUCUCGCCUAAUUUGGUUGGUAAAUCAGCAAUUGUGAAUGAUGUUUUAGAAACUAUUAAUUAUUUUGAUUCUGUUGAAGUAAAGAAUCAAGAAGAAGAAAUAAGAAUUCCUGAUCUUUUACAACAGAUAGAGUUGCUGACAAAACAUGCUGAGGCUCAGAAUCGUAUUGAUCAUUUGAGGUUUGAUCCUAAGAUAUAUACUCAUUCAGCUUCUCCUAAUCCAAACCUUUCCAUUCACUCAAGAUGUAUGGGUGCAGCUUCUGAAGAGUCUGUAUUUCAUCCCCUUACUGUUCCUAUCCAGCCUCUGCUUAGUUUGUCCCAAGCAUCUUUUUCAGGAUUACAAUCUGGGAAAAUUAUUUCAUCAUUACCAUCAGCCAGUUCAGCAGGAGAAGUACACUGUUUAAAUCCUAACUUGAUGCAAAAUACAACAAAAGGAGAAAAGAUGUCUCAAAUGCUAAAGGAGCAGGCAGAGCAACUGAAAGCUAAAGUGGAAGAAUUUUCUAAAUGUGUAAUACAGGAGGCCGUCCCUUUGCAGGAUCGCUGUCUGGUAUUAAAGGAACUAAAAGGAUACCUUGACACAUUGGAACGGAAAUAUUUAGCCACUAAGGAGGAGCAUCGUGGUUUACAGCUACAGAACUACAAUCACAAAUCCAUAAGUGUUGGCGAGUUUGAUCCUGACAGAAAGGUGGAGGGGGAAAUAUUUAGGCUUGGUAUGCUGCUUGAAGAUGUCAAAGAGAAAAUUGACGACAAUAUAUGUAGUCCAUGUCCAUCUUCAUUCACAACAUCUCCUAAGUCUCCUUCGCUCACUCAGUGUGAAUCUGUGUGUUCAUCCUGUUCUUGUCUUCGUGAGAGCCCUGUGGUUUCAAGCAUUAGUGAUCCUCCAGAAAGGUCUGCUACUGAAGUUAAUUUUCAUAAUAAUGAAAGGAACAAGGGAGAGAAUAGAAGUCAUGCAAUUGAUGUGAUCCCAAAGAAAACCAGUCAGCUUUCUUUACAGAAUGACAAUUGUGAUCCUUUUCCUGAAAUCCAAUUGGGAUUACAAAAAAGAGAUACAUGUGCCUAUGUAAAAGGAAUGGAGCCCCUGGAAAAAGCAGGACUGCUAGCAAAUAAGGACUCUUCAGAUGUAAUGCAGUGUUUCCUUCCACGUGAGGCAGACAAUGGGCCUGGAGGCCUUGAAUCCCAUAGGCAGCUUAUAUUAAGUCAGAAACGUAACACUGAUCAAGAAAACCCAAAAGGGAGUUUAAACUUUUGGCAAAUGAAGUCUCCACCCAAAACCAAGCCUUACAAUAUGUGCAAUUUGGAACACAAAAUUAUUAAUCUAAAUGUGUGGCAAGAGCAAGGCAAUUUAGCACAUCCCUCAGAUCAUUGUUUUUGUGGAAGGGUAGAAAAGUGUUCAAAUGCACAUGAUGCUGCUCUGUAUCCCAAAUGGAAAAUACACUGGUCAAAAAAUGCAAACAAAGAACAUUGUUCCUGUUCUGUCAAUAGAAAUAAAAAGACAGAGGACAGAAAAACUGAUAGUGAAAGGUCAAAAUGUGGAAGGUAUUCAGUCUUCAUUCAGGAAAAAGCAGUGGAGCUAGAUUUGUCAGGUACUAACCUUUGCAGUGACUCAGAAGACAUCUCAUUCUGUGAUUCCUUUCUUGAGUCACACAGUGAUGAAUUUAUGGAACACAGGACUAAAAAUUAUAAAUCACGUAGAGCAGGAUUAAAAGAACAAAGCAAAGCCUUACAAUACAGGGAUUGGAAUAUAAAUUCCUGCACUAGUGGUCAAAGAAACAAAUGCAGCAGGGAAUCUGACAAGAAUAAUAUUGCUUCUUCACAGAAGAAAAGAAUUGUCGCCAAUAGUGUUUGUACAAAUAAGCAACCAGAUCAAUUUGUAUACAGGAUUUCUGACAAAGACAACUUGGAGACUCCCCAAACCUGCUACUCAAGUAUGGAUGAUACAAUUAUCCUUUCACCUCAACACCUAGCCAGCAGGAAGGAUUAUGGAAAUAAAUCAGUUAUCAAUAUUAGAAACAGACACACCAGUUAUACUGACACAAAGAUUUUAAACUCUACUUUGGAUCAUGCAAUACAGACUGCAACCAGUUUGAAGGAAACUACAGAACGAAUGGUACAAGUUGUUGCAGAAGAUCUAGCUAAAGUCAAAACUCAUCGAAAUAAGCAGUUUUUUAGCUGGUCUGUUUCAAACAUUUGAAUUGUCAGCUGAAAUGUAGAAACAGAACUCUAGAGUUGUGAAAAAUGUGCAUUAACAAAUUGUACAAAAGUUAGGAAAGCAGCUGCCCUUAGGUGUGGUAUCAGCAGCAGUUUAAGAGCAGAAAAACAAAGCAGAGUGCCAAGUUUAUAAACCAAGAACCCUUGAAAGUUGUCACAUCUAUUAGUGAAGAAUACAGCUGACUUCCCUCAGCUUUCAAUAAUGGUAGUUCUUUAUAGAAUUGCUCUAGAUAACCAAGCUUAGCUGUAGUUUCUAAAAUGUGCAAUCUGGGGCUAGGAAGAUAACAUCUCAUCUGUCAGUGUGUUCUCAGCAAUAUCACAGCCCAGCUCUGUAUCCUGCUUGGUAUUGAACAUCACAGAGGGAAACAACUGAAACCUUUUGUUCCUGGAUAAUCUUUUUAAAAUGAGUUUUAGCUGUGACAUUGUCAGUUUUUGAAGGACAUAUUCAAAGAAUAAUUUGUAUUAAGCAUAUGCUUAUGUGCAUCUCAGUAAAUGAUCUCUCAUCACUCCUGUUUAUAUAUUUUAAAAUG